CCCCAUGCGUGAAGUAGCCGUAGUUUCUCUUCAUUGAUCGCUAAAUUUCGGUUUACGAUCGCCAUUCUUACCAUCAAAGCUAUGCUUUCUUAAUGAUUAUUUUUGGUUAGGCAGUUGUAAUAAAUUAUUUUUACUUUUUUAUACUUUUUAUUUCAUCAUUAAAUAGCCUAGAUCUUGCAGUAUUUUUAGGUGACACACUCAUUACUUAUGUAAAUCGUUCUCCCGUUAGCAUAUUCCAUGAAAUGGUAAAAGAGUACUGAGUUUAGUAUUAGAACAGAAAAUAUGGAACCAAAAUCCACCGAUAAAUUUUUGGCUAAUGGUUCUACUACUUCUGCGGAAAAUGAGGCCUCAACUACUCGAGAUGUCACAGAUAUCAUUGGAGAAUAUGGUCCAUGGCAACGUUUGAUAUUCAUACUUACCUGUUUGCGAGGAACUCCGACUGCAUUUUACAAUUUAAGCACACCAUUUUUUGCACCCAAGCAAGAUGUCUGGUGUGCACAGCCAUCAUUCUCUAAUUGGAGCGUGGCAGAGUGGCGAAACUCGGCUAUCCCUUUGGAAUAUCAUGAAGGAGAACUGGUUCCAAGUCGAUGUAAUAUGUAUGAAGUUUUGCUAGUUAAUGAUGAACCUGUCAUUAACAAAAAUAAAACAGUUCCUUGUAGUGCCUGGGAGUAUGACAACUCAUUUUAUACAAAUACCUUAACAAGAGAAUAUGACUUGGUGUGUGGCAGAGAUUGGCUUAUUUCCUAUACUCAAUUCAAUUAUAUGGCUGGCAUGAUGUGUGGAGUCUUCAUUUUUGGACAUCUAGCUGAUAGGUUUGGGAGGCGAAUAAUUUUAAAUAUUUCUGUUACACUGAUGUUGAUAGCCAGUGUGAUUGCUGCCUUUUCACCUACUUUCACAUUUUUUAGUGUAGCUAGGUUUUUCUUAGCUCUUGGUGUUGGUGGAACACAAAAUACAUCUUUUUGUUUGUUAAUGGAGGUUUUGGGGCCAAUUUAUAGAACCCGACCGACUUUUGCAUUUUCUUUUGGCUGGGCAUUUGGCCUUUUGCUACUGCCAGGAAUGACCUACUUGAUCCGAGACUGGGUGUAUCAGCAGUUAGCAAGUGCUGCUGUAUCAUCAAUCCUACUUUCUUAUUGGAUCUUCAUGCCUGAAUCUCCUCGAUGGUUGAUGACUCAAGGAAAGUAUGAAAAGGCUGAAAAAAUUAUGAUCAAAGCUGCUAAACGAAAUAAUCUGGAAAUAAAUAACAUGCCUCUUAUGAUGAAACAGCUGAAAGAAAGAAUUGAAAGGGAUGAAAGGAAGAAAAAUCCCAGUGUGAUAGAUUUGUUUAAAACUGCUAAUUUGAGAAAAAAUACUAUAUUUGUCUACAUAUCAUAUUUUUCUGUUGCCUUUGUAUUUUAUGGACUUUCUUUGGGCCAGACAAAUUUAGGGGGUAAUCCAUUCCUAAAUUUUUUUAUUGGGUCGGCCGUGGAACUUCCAGCUUAUGUCCUUUGCAUAAUUUUCAUCAGGUAUUUACGUCGAAAGCCUUCCUUCUUAAUAUUUGAUAUCAUUGGAGGGCUAGCUUGUUUUUUCAUGAUUCCUUCGGACUACACUUGGAUCCGCUUAACUGCAGCAAUGCUUGGUAAAUUAUGCAUCAGUGGUGCAUUCAUCAUCCUUGCUAUCCAUGCUUCAGAAAUAUUCCCCACUGUGGUUCGAACUGUUGGCUCUGGCACCAGUCUCAUGAUGGGAAGGAUUGGAGCUAUGGUGGCUCCUUUUAUCAAAGAGUUGGGUAAUGCCACUCAUCCUGCCGUGCCUGCCAUAGUGUAUGGCUCACUUUCCUUUGUUGCUGCUGUACUGAUUGCUCUUUUGCCAGAAACUUACAACCAAGUAUUGCCAGAUACUAUCUGUGAAGCUGAAGAACUUGGAACUGGCUUGGAUGAAAUUCAAAAAAUUACUAGUAUUUCUGAUUUGCAUAAGGAGAAAGGUGAUGUGAAGAUGAGAAUGCUGCAGAAUGGUAAAGAAAUAAAAGAUCCUGAAGUUUAAUUUGGCUUUGUAAAAGUGGCUGUAAAAAGAAAAAAAAUUUGAGCAGGGCAUUUGGAGGAGACUUAAUAUUGUUUAUCACUUACUUGCAUUUGUUUAUUUCAUAUUUCUAUUUUUUUAAAAUGCAUAUUGCAUUUUGUUUUGUAUUUUUACAUUAUUUUACCUGUUAAUGCAAUUGUAUCAUGCUAUGUUAGUGGGUGUAUAACUUGUUAUAGAUGCGUAUUUUUUACUUGUGUUAAUGAUUUUUAAAAGUAUUAUGAUUUUGUUAAUGUAUGUAAUCUCAUUUAUAUUGUUUUUUAAAUUGACAUUUUCUUUUGUGGCUGUAGGCUUUAAAGGCAAAACACAAUUAAAACUUUAUAGAUAUAUACAUCUAUUUGUCAGCGUCGUGAAGCUUAGUUAUGCAGUUUUAUAAAUGUAAUGAUUUGAAAUCAAAUGCCUUCCAGUAUCUAUGCAAUGAAUCUACAUAAUUAUAAAUAUUUGUUAUUGUUUAAGUUUAUAAUAGAUUUUCUAACAAAUAAGAAUUUUGAAAGAGAUCUGCUAAAUCAAAUUUAAAGGAAAAGAAAUUAAAAAUUUUCAAAUUUAUUGUAAGUAAACCCUUGAUGAAAUCGGAAACGUUAUUAAGGGAAGUAAUAUCUGGUUUUCAUCAUAAUUUUCUUAAAUUUCUUGAUUCUUCAUAAAGUAUCGUUAUUUUCCUCAGUGAGUACUUAAAUAGAACAUCCAGUUUUGAUAACUUUCAUUAUGCAUUAGGUAGAAUUUUCUGCAUCCAUUUUUUGGUGCACUUCCUUUUACUUCAGGAUUGUAUUUUAUAAUUUAUAGCUGUGAAUUGAUAGAGCUUCUCUGUAAACAUUAAUCGUUAUUUGAAAUUUACAAAAAAAA